AUGGAUGAAGUUUAUCACGACUGGAAAACUACCAUCAACUUGAACAUUCUACUUUUGAAAACAAUGGGUUUGUGGCCAAUAAAGAAAGAAGGAUUUUAUAUGGCAUAUGGUAGCCUCAUCAGCACGCUUGUCGUCGCCUGCCACAUUGGCACACAACUGAUUAGCAUUUACUUCGUCCGUAACCAAUUAGAAACUGUCGUUGCCAUUGUCUACAUACUUUUGAUAAAUAUUACGGCGAGUUUCAAAGUUUUCUUCGUUAUAAUAAAUAUGAAAAAGCUCAACGAACGAAUGAUUCUUUUAAAACGUAACUGGUUUCCAAAGAACAAUCAUCAACAAAAAGUUUUGAAUGAAUCUGGUAUCAAAUCUUGGACAUCCAGCUGCUGGAUGUUUGUGGUUCUAUGUGUCUCAUGGAUCACCUUCUCGAUGAGUUACAAACUUUUGGAUGCGUCUGCAGAAGAAAAGCGUUUACCAUUUCUGGCGUGGUAUCCAUACGACUACAAAAUUUCACCUUUGUACGAAAUUACGUAUGGUUUUCAAGUAAUUAGUUCAAGGUAUUUGACUUUGGUUCAUCGCAUUGUUGACAGUUUGAUGUACAUUGUCAAUGUCUCUACAAAAUGCCAGUUUGAUAUAUUAAGUGAUAAUUUAAGAAAGUUUACCAAGUUAUCAAACGACUUCAAUAAGGGUUUGAGUGUGUGUGUUUUACAUCAUAAGUGGAUUUUAAGGUGUGUUGAAGACUGUACAUUUUUUAAUUGGAUAUUUGUUUGUCACCUGAUUAUAAAUGGAGUGGCCAUUGGAAAAACAAUGUUUCAACUAACAAUGGUGGUACCAUUUUCUAGUGAAUUCUAUACACUAGUUACGUAUGGAUUUACCAUUACUAUUCAAAUUUAUAUGUAUUGUUGGGAUGGCAAUGAAGUAGAAUUAACGAGCGACCUGGUUUCGUACGCCGCAUUUGACUCAGACUGGACUGAAUUGCCCGAAGAUUUAAAAAAGAAGUUAUUCAUUUUUGUCUUAAACAUUAUUAAACCGAUCAAAAUAUCAGCUUUACCUUUCUUUAGACAGAUUUGUGAAAGUUCUUAG